GUGUGGUUUAAACUAAGUUUCGAUAAAGACUGGAAGAAUAGAAGUGGAAGUGCAUAUCCAGGAUUAAAGUUGUCCUUUUUAUUGUUAUAAACAAUGGAUUAACGAUGUCAUUAAGAUUGUCAGAUGGUAGGAGCAUGGAUGUGAAAUGGUUCAAGAACGAAAUCAGCCACCUAGAAAGUAACUGUAGAUCUUAUACGCUUUUGAUCGUCCUGUGCUGUAUCGUGAUAUCUUCAGCUCUGGCCACAGUUGCAGGAGGUAUGAUAUACCGACAUCGAUGGAAACUCCGAUACCUGCUGUUCAUGUCUAGAAAGAGAUUCUUCGGUUACCGACGAUUGCCGGACUACACGCUAAUAGAAAACUACAGAUUUGAUGCGUUUAUUUCAUACGCAGAGGACAAUUUCAGAUUUAUUUUAGAUGAAGUUAUUCCAACACUUGAGACGGGAAACGUUUCUUUGUGUCUGCAUCAGCGGGACUUUCUGCCAGGUAACGCAAUUUCGGACAACAUUAUCCACGCCAUCCAGAGCAGCAGAAAGACCAUCGUCAUCUUGUCAGAAGCCUUCCUGAGGAGCAAGUGGUGCAUGUAUGAAUUCAACAUGGCUCGAAUGGAGAGUAUAUACUCAAGGGAAGACAAUGUGUGUCUAGUGAUCGUGAUGCUUGAACAAGUCCCUCACGACAAGAUGCCGUUGGAAAUGCUUAGAUGGAUUCAGGAAAACAGUUAUAUCGAAUAUACACCUGAACAAGACGGUAAUAUAAUGUUUUGGGAAAACUUGAAGUUGGCAAUGCAGUAAAAACGUAAAGUGUCGACAAUAAAUUUACAUCUAUACAUGUCUUCGACAAUCAAACUACGUCAGUUAAACAUAUAUGAAUACAUAGUUCAAAUUGUUGUUAUCUGGUUAAACGCUCAACGAUAUGCCAUGCAAAUGAUCUCGUUCUGAUGUUAUGUUUGAUCCCCUGCUGAUUGCAAUUGGAUUGUCACUUUGUGUCAGUGUAUAAGAACUUGUACUAUUGUAUGUUUAAUAUUUAAUAUCAGCCAUGUUUUUGUGUAUCAAUAUGAAUAUUAUGACUCUUGAAACGGCAUCGUACGAGUUCCAUAUGAUACUGCUGCCGCGUAUAAUAAACAACAAUCUAGCUUUUAAAACAGUGCAAACAUGUACAUAUUGUUUAUGCCACCAUACUUUAUAAACUAGUUCAAACAUAGACACCACCUAUAUAGUUGUUUAGAAAUCACGAAUUAAGCAUUGUCCUUAUUUAAAUACAACGUUUUGCAUUAAGGUAAUUAGGUACUGACAAACGAUGACUGAUAUAAUUCCUGCAAUGAUUUGAUUAUGAUUGGCAAUGCAUUUGUCCGGCUCAUAUUUGGAUUGAAUAACUAUUAUUUACAAAAUGAUAUUUUACUUACAUCAUCUCAUUCUGGCGCUUAAGAUUUUGAGGUGUGAUGUUCCUAUUUAAAAGAAUCAAUUACAUAUUACUAUGAAUUGACAAAAAAAAUAUGAUUAGUAAAAUUCCUGCUGGAUAUCCUCUGAUGGUAUCGAAGUCAGGCAAACCAGGACCAUGUAAACAUUUACUUCAAAAAGCUGCCUGAAUUAUAUCAAAAUGAGACGUAAAUCUAAAUUAAUGUUCUACUCACUCUUUUAGAAGAGUCUUUGCUUCCUUUGCAAAUAAAUGUAUCAGCUUAUAUAAUUCAGCUUUUCAGUGACGGUCUUCUGACACUUUUAAUAACUUUGUACAUGUCAUUAGAAAGACAAAGAGCAGAUUGCUAGCAUCAUAACGGAAUAUUUAUAAGAAUAUGUUGAAUUGUGUAUAUAUGAAAAUAUUUAUUAUUCACAUAUAUUAAAUGUAAUAUAAAGGUUGUAGGUCAGAAUAAAUGUGUUGUUGUUUUGUGUUUUAUUGAUGAGCUUUGCUAGAGAUUGUUUGUCUUUGUUGCUUUAGUUUGAAAGCUAUACCUUACUUCAGUAAAUUAUUUCCCCCGCUAAUAAUGUUUCUAAAUAUUGCGUUUAUGUAUUGCCGUUCUUGAAUGUUUAUAUAUUUCUAUGUUUUUGUGGCAUUAUGCUGGAUUUUGCAUGAAUAUGCUUUGACUAUUUUAAGUUGAUUUAUAAGUCUCAUACAUGAUAUUGUAAAUGAAAUGGUCAAAUUAUCUAUUUAAUUGAUAUUACUUCUUGAUUGAAUUGGAAAUUAAAAUAUAUUAUUUGAAUUAAAUUCAAUGUUUUACAAGGACAAUACAAUGUAACUAUAAUUGAAGUUGUUAUUUAUGGUAGUUAAUAAAAUAUGUACGCUCUCACUUGGCAAAACCUAUUGAAAGAAAUUGGCUAAUUUUAAUCUUGAAUGUACAUGUUCAAUUAUUGAAACAUUGUAUUCUUGUUCAAGUUGUUACCAUACCUUUCUAAAAAUAUAAGUCUGAUCGAAGUUAACUUUCACUUUUAAAGUGAUUUUGAAAUGUAUUUUAUAAAUACUUGUUGUUUUGGCAUUAAACACACAGCUUUAAACAAUGAAAUUUCCAGUCCCUACUAGACGUAGUUUUGCGAACAUCUGGUCAUUGUGAGCCUAAGGGAAUUGAUAAUUUGCUAUUGCUUA